AUGAGCGAGCCCUCCUCCUCCCUUGCUCCACCCGGGGUGUCCACGUGGGAGGUGCACGCCGGCAACCGGGACCGCCUCAUCGCCGCGCUCAGCGCCCACCUCGCCGCCGCCGGCCGCGCGCGCCGCGGCGGCAUCGUGCUCCUCGAGGGCGGCAAGGAGCAGACCCAUUACUGCACCGACAACGUCCCGCUCUUCAGGCAGGAGGGCUACUUCGCGUAUCUCUUCGGGGUGCGGGAGCCCGGGUUCUACGGCGCCGUCGACGUUGCUUCCGGUCAAUCCAUCCUCUUCGCUCCAAGGGUGGCACCCAACGAAGCUAUCUGGACGGGUCCAGCGAAAGAAUUGGCUUACUUCAAGGACACGUACAGGGUCGACUUCGUCUUCCAUGUCGAAGAGCUCGCGCGGGUUCUCCGGCGUCAGUUCAGCGAGCACGGCCAUGGAGAGCCGCUCCUCUUCCUCUUGCACGGGAAGAACACCGACAGCGGGAACUACUCCAAGCCCGCCGGUUUUCAGGGGAUGGACGAGUUGGACACCGAUUUGAGCACGCUCCAUCCCGUCUUGACCGAAUGCCGCGUGAUAAAAUCCGACAUGGAGCUCGCCCUCAUUCAGCACGCCAACGAUGUCAGCUCGGCGGCACACGUCGAGGUCAUGAGGCUGAUCAAACCAGGCAUGGUGGAACAAGACUUGGAAAGCAUCUUUUGUCGACAUGCAUCCAUGCACAGAGGCUGCCGGCGUUGCGCCUACACAUGCAUAUGUGCCACCGGGAAGAACAGCGCCAUUCUCCAUUACGGGCACGCGGCAGCUCCGAAUGACGCGACGCUGGUCGACGGAGACAUGGCUCUGAUGGACAUGGGAGCUGAAUACAACUUCUAUGCUUCUGACAUCACGUGCUCGUACCCUAUCAAUGGGAAAUUCACAAGGAACCAGGCGAUUGUGUACAGUGCUGUCCUCAAGGCUCAUAACGACGUGAUAUCGUGUAUGCGGCCUGGAGUGAAAUGGAUCGACAUGCACAAGCUGGCAGAGCGGAGAAUACUCGAGUCUCUAAAGGAAGAUAACAUCAUCCAUGGCGAUGUUGAUGACAUGAUGAACGCAAGGUUGGGUGCCGUUUUCAUGCCUCGUGGCCUUGGGCACUUGCUUGGAAUCGACGCCCAUGAUCCCGGAGGCUACCCUGAGGGUUUAGAGAAGCCAAAGGAGCCAGGGUUGGAGGCCUUGCGGACCACAAGAGAGCUUAAACAAGGCAUGGUUAUCACGGUCGAGCCAGGAUGUUAUUUCAGUGACUCUCUGCUGAUGCGUGCGAGGGAUGAUCCAGUUUGCUCAAAGUUCUUCGACUGGGAAACGAUAGAAACGUACAAAAGCUUUGGUGGUGUUCGCAUUGAAAGUAAUCUGUAUGUGACGGCACAAGGGUGCAAGAACCUCACAAACUGCCCUCGAGAGAUCUGGGAAAUUGAAGCGGUAAUGGCUGGCAUGCCAUGGCAUUCACGUGAUUCCCGUUCCACUGCGACAACAAGAUGGACAAUAUGGGAUGCCCUUUGUUCAGUAGGACUAUUUUUACUUCAAUUUGCCAUUCCCUUUCGUUCAGUAUCGUGA